AUGGAAGAACAGGUAGAAAGGCUCGUCGACAAGGCCUGGGCCAAAUUCGAAAAGACCCCGGCCGACCAGCGCCUGCUGAUCGGCGUAUCCGGGAUCCCGGGCUCGGGCAAGACGACGCUCUCUCAGAUCGUAUCGACCCGCCUCAACGCCCGCGCCGUCUCCCUCGACCCCUCGCGGACGGAAGACCCGCCGGCCGCCUUCGUGCCCAUGGACGGCUACCACCUCACCCGCGCCCAGCUCUCCGCGAUGCCGGACCCGGUCAACGCGCACGCACGCCGCGGCGCGGCCUUCACCUUCGACGGCCCCGCCUUCCACGCCCUCGUCAAGGCCCUCCGCACCCCCCUCCGCGCCGACUCGGAUCCCAUCUACGCCCCCAGCUUCGACCACGCCGUCAAGGACCCCAAGGAGAACGACAUUGCGAUCCUGACCACGCACCGCAUCGUCGUGUUCGAAGGGAACUACCUCUCGCUGGACAAGGAGCCGUGGAACCUGGCGGCGGGGUUGAUGGAUGAGCUGUGGUUCGUGGAUGUGGAUUUCGACGUGGCGAGGCGGAGGUUGAUCAAGCGACACGUGAAAGCUGGAAUCGCAAAAGAUGAAGAUGAGGCAGACAAGAGGGCGCGGGAGAACGACUUAGUUAAUGGGAGGGAGAUAGUGGAUUUCAGGAUGAAGAAAGUUGAUGAGAUUGUCGUCAGCCGGGAAGAUGACGAAUGGAUUCACGAGUGA